AUGCCCCAAUCAUCGAAGCCCGACGCCAAGAGGAGGCAUGUCACCACGGCGUGCAUUUCCUGUCGGGAAAGCAAGAUCAAGUGUGACGGCGCAACUCCUUCAUGUUCCAACUGCAAAACUAAGCGCCGAGACUGCCGUUACCAGGCCGGAGAGGACAAGCGCAAACUCUCCCUACGCGUUGCAGUCGAACUACUGUCGAGCAGAGUCGACCAGCUUUGCCAGUUUAUUAAUCAGAAUGGCCUUCAACUUCCACCAAUGCCUUCAGAAGAGGCCAAAAGUCUGACCCGGAUACUAAACACUCUAGGACUCUCGACGGUCCAAGUGGCUCUAGAACGCGACAAAACACCACCGAUUGACCCUGCUUUAUCCCUGGAGCCGCAACCAUUGGCACCCUGCGCCCCAUCUAACAACACUUUGUUACCGCCGGACCAACUUCCUCUAGACUUUUCACUGCCCUUCGACCCGUCUUCCUUCAAUCUCGGCCAUGACGCAAUUAGUAUCACAGGGCAUGCUCCGCCGGUCCAGGACGGGCUGUUAAACUUGACGACAAGAGCUAUUGCCGAUUGGGAAUGGAGCCCUUCUGAGAGUGCCGACAACAUCAUCACAACUGAUGUCGACGUAGCCAACGUCCGGGCCCCGAGCCAUCCUCUUUUGCGCAGCUAUUCCGAAGAGGUUACUUUGAGCGACAAUGAAGACGACGAUGCCGGUUCGGGUACGACGGAAGAGGACCUCGUCAAUCAGUUGUCCGAUAGACUAGGGUCUCCUCACAUUGGCCCCAAUGGCCGUAUCUCGUAUUUUGGGCCGACAUAUAAUUUCAGUUUGAUGGAACUACCUGUGGGAGCCGAUUGUUUAGCUGUAGAUCGGACUGUUCGCAACGACGGCCAGGAACACCUCGACAACAUGGGAUACGGCAAAUCGGUACCGCAAGAUCUCGAAGAUCAUCUUAUCAACCUAUAUUUUACUUGGCAGGAUCCCUUUCAGCAUGUAGUCGACCGGACUCUUUAUGAAGAAGCGAAGCAUAGUUGGCACGAGCAAGAGGAGGAUACCCCAUAUUACUCCGAGGCACUCAGAAAUGCAAUGUGUUCAUUAGGCGCUACUUUCGAAACACGAUAUCACCCGAGCUUCAUAACCUUCCCAAAGUCUCUUCCGGAUUUCUUCGCCGCACGAGCCAAGACCCUUCUAGAGAUCAAACUAGAUUCACCUUCGGUCUCUACGGUACAAGCUAUGAUUGUUCUUAGUAGCCAUGAGAUAGGGGCAAACAGGGACUCUCGUGGUUGGUUGUAUACAAUGGCGAUUCGGCUUGCGUUUGAUUUGGCUUUACACAAGGACAUGACACCAUACGUUACCAACGGAAUUCUAAAGCCUGCCGAAGCCGAGCUUCGUCGAGCUGUGUUCUGGGGCGCAUACACAAUGGAUCAGACGCUCGGGUUCUACAGAGGUCGACCUUUCCGUAUCAGCAUGGACGAUAUUACAGUCGAGAAACCGACAGAAGACUCGUUGGAUGGACGGGUCGAGCAAUGGUUGCCUUACAUCUCGCCCCUUAGCAGCGGCAGCUCACCGGUACCCCUAAAUGACCACGUCGAGGCUGUCAGUCUUUACAGGAUAGAGUUAUGCGAAAUCAUGGCACCUCUUGGCCACACGCUAUAUGGCAGCUCUCGGAUCCCGCGGGAUAUAUUACAGGCCAGCAACGAGAAGAUUGCUGCAAUAUUAUUCGCUUGGAAGGAGAACUUGCCACGCACGAUACAAGUCGACCUAGAAGACUCAAAGGGAUCAUUCCUUCCUCAUGUUCUUUUAUUACACAUGCAAUACUACCAAAACGUAAUACAUGCCCAUAGGCCGUGGAUGUCGUCGAGCUACAUCCAGCCACAGCCACCUCAAGGUCCAGGCUUCAUGCACGCGCAGCACAUGUGCAUUGAGUCAGCAGCCGCGGUAGCAAAGCUGAUCCUGAUUUACGAACGUCAAUACUCCCUCAGGCGAGUCCAAAUCCAAGGCGUUGCCAUCAUCUUCUCGGCGGCUAUCAUCCUCAUCUUCGCAUCGAUAUCCCGCCGCAGACGGAAGAGGACCACAGAGACUGCGAUACACUUGAGCGUAUGCUUCCGAGCUCUGGGGGAGCUAUCAGGCUCUUGGGAUAGUAGUGGUCGGUCCCGGGACUUUCUCCUCAUGCUUCAACGCAAGUGGGAGCUGCGGUCUCGCCGGCUGAGUCAAUGUCCUUCGCGCAAUCCCAUGCUGCCCCUGGGACUCGGCGCCAUGCGGCAGAGCGAGCAGGCGUCUCGGAAACGAGCGCGUACUGAUAGCCCGGCCGGGUCGAAGAGCAUCGGUAGUUUCCAGAGCAUAUCUCCCAUUUAGCCAAAGGAGCAGCUGGAAGAUCAAGAGGGCAUCGAUAUGGAUAUGAGGUUGGAUCUCGACUGGGUAUUUGCCGCGGGAACACAGCCCAUGCCAGGCCGUUGGGACCAUCUGUUGAAUACGGAUACGCUUUACUUC